AUGGGCGGUGGCGGUGGUGGCAGUGGCGGCGUGACGGCAGCCUCAGCAUCCAUCGUUUUGAGCACCAUGGAGGAACACGGUGGUGGCGGCAAUGGCAGUGGCUGGAGGUGGGGCCAUGGCAGUGGUGAGAGGCGCCCACCCGGCACAGUAGACCGGAUCGGCGGCAGUGGCAGUGAUGGCAGCAGUGGCAGGAACGCUCGCCGCGGAGGCGCCGGCGAUGGAUUUGUGAGCUUAGGCGGUGGAAGCUGCAAAGCCUCCAGUUCUGCUGGAAAAGAACCAGUGGCAGAAAACCGAGGACAGCACAAAUGGAUCUGGUUCUGGUGUCGCUUGACAGUGCUGGAGGGACCAGAAAUUAAAAACAAGGUGCAGCCAAGCUGA